GUAGCAAUUACUGUGUAUCUUAAAAAGUUCAUGAAACGCAAAUCAUUUAAAGUUUCACGGUUGACGUUAAUUAGACUACUGCAUCAAGUUGACCCAGAUUUGACUGCAGGUCAAAUAUGCAGCGUCUGAAAGUGCUUUUGGGCGCAAUCUGUGUACUUCUCGCGAUUUCACGGGUCUCCUCAGUGACAGACGAAUGGAUUACUUUCAAGGGUGGAAAAUACAUGAUGAAGGUGUUAUCGGAACCUGACACUUGGCAUGGCGCUCUUAAACAAUGCAGGAACCAGGGAUAUGACUUGCUAACAAUUGAAACGGAAACGGAGCACGAACAAGUUGUUGUACUUUUCGGGCAAUACAUUACUGAUAGAAUGUGGAUUGGCGGAAGUGAUCUUGGCAAGGAGGGCAGCUUUUACUGGUAUACAAGUGGGGCGCCGGUGAACGUUUCUGCAGCCUGGCACCGUGGCGAGCCCAGCGGAAUUCCCCCUAACAGCGGCCCUUGGAACAAGGAAGAUUGUAUGCAGUAUUAUAACAACAAGGGAAUUAUUAUGUGGAACGACUCGAUGUGCAGCAAAAGAUACCCAUUCAUUUGCGAAUAUUAUGAUCCCUGCGCAAAAAGGUCAUUUGUAAUUGACUAGAGAGUAAAAAUGUCAUAUUAAUCGCAAAUAUAAUUAUUCAGAUACUUCAACAUUUUAAAAAACUUUAAUAUUACAUAUUAUGUACCGCAUUUUCUAAAAAAUAGGUAAAAAAAAAACACUUCUUU